AUGGUACCCACUCUGUACCCACAUGGCAUUUGCCUUGUCCAUGUGGUGCCCUCUUCUCUAAAUGUGACUGGGGGUCUCCCCCAGGAGUGGGCGCGUGUCCAGUACGAGCACAGAGACACGGACGUGACCAUGCAGUGCGGCACUCUGGCCAGCGAAGCGUCCGUCACGUGGAAGGUGAACGGCACGGACGUGAAGGCUGAGAGGCGGGAGGAGGGCCCACAGCUCAUUCUCUUUAACGUGGACGUGAGUCACAACGGCCUCUACAGCUGCUUCCAGAACCCCAACGGAGAGCGCCGGGACCAGAUCAACCUCCGGAUAGGCACUCCCCCCAAAAGGCCUGUGGUGACCUGCCGAUCCAACACGUACCCCAAGGGCUUCUACUGCAGCUGGCACCUCACGCCCCCUCCAGACAUCCCCACUGAGUUUGAAGUCAACGUGGAACACAACCUGCGGGUUCUGGAGGUCGAGAGAGACACUGUCCACAAGAACCGGUGUAAAGUCAAGUUCCCGGAGCUCUUCUCGUCGGUUCCGUAUCGAGUGAACGUGACGGCCAUAAACGCCCUGGGCAGUGCCUACACGGUCAUCUCCUUCGAGGAGUCUUCAAUAGUGAAACCUGACCCCCCAGAGAAGGUGGUUGUCACCCCCAUACCCAACCGGGUCCAGCGCCUGGAGGUCACCUGGAACAACCCGUCCACCUGGCCCGAUGUGGACAACUUCCCCCUCAAGUACUUCCUGCGCUACCGGCCCCUCAUCCGGGACGAAUGGCAGCAUGUGGAGCUGACGGAGACCACACGCCACACCAUCACAGACGCCUACGCGGGGAAGGAGUACAUCAUCCAGCUGGCAGCCAAGGACAUGGAGAUCGGCACCUGGAGCGAGUGGAGCGUCGCCGUCUACGCCACGCCCUGGUGGUACGAGCCCAAGCCCAUCACCUCCACCACCGAGGCCGAGGUCAUCAUCGAAAACUGCUCGACAACCCCACCUUCAGCCAAGCCUGAGCACCGAUUGGCCGCCGGAGUUCCCGCCCUUUUUUCAUCACCCCACCUGCUUCUAGCUUCUCUCCUGCUGUUUAUCAUGUGAUGUAUCUGUCAUUCCUGUGGAAGAAAUUGAGGAAAAAAACCCUUCUAUUUCUAUUUUGCACAUGUUAAUGGAUAUCGUGCAUUGAUAAUUUAAUUCAAGUCUCUCACAAAUGAAAAAUAGAAAGAUUACUAAAUGAUGAAAACAAAAAAAAGAUCAACAACAACACAUCAACUUUCCGCAACAACCACAAGAUCGACUGUAAGAACUAACAGUGGAAUGUGCUCAGACACAGGACGUUACCCCAGGGAAGCAAAAGAUUUGGGGACAUGUGACUCAAAAGAUACUUUCUGCCCGGCAGCACAACAGCGACUUUUCAUCCUUUCAUAUUUUGAAAUCGACGAUUGUUUUUAAUCCCUUCAAAAUUCAUCCUGCGGUUUGCCAACAUUGUUUCUGUCCUCAUCUUGUUGUCAGCAACAUACAGCUAACUCAUCAUGCCAAAGACUUGUUCUUGGACAAUACAUGAAACAAGAGAAGAGCUCCCACGCUUCCCGAAGCCUGUGUCUGUGGACUGAUAACUUACAGUGAGCAGAAUCUAAAACAUAAAUAAAAAAAAGGAAAAAAAAACUGCAGCUGCAAAGAGGGAAAGAUGGAAGACUAACUCUGUGGAAUGAUGGACACCCAUUUUUGAUUCUUGUUUUUAUUUUUUUUUCUCUCAUGUCCAGUGGUCACGGACACUUUCAUAUGUAGUCAUCACACACAUUUAUUUCAUACACACAAAACACACACACACACACACACACACACACACCCACACACACACACGCACGCACGCACACACACACGCACGCAC